AUUCUUGAUUUGUUUUGUUCUUUAGUCUCAUUAUAAUUUGUCAAACAGAUUUGAUAUUGAUAUGGUGAAUGUAUGAAAAGCUUGUGAGAUUGUUUGCUGGUGAAAGAAGUGCUUGAGUUUUGCAGAAGAAGUUUAGUUUGUAAACCGGUUAAUAAAAUCUAAUCAAACCCAAUUCAAUGAUGAAAUCACCAUGAACCGGAGUGGUUUUAAGUAAACCGGAGACUAUAAACCUCAACCGGAAGUGUACACUAAACCAGAUUGGCAUUUCAAGUGUUGUUGUUGCUAUAUAUAUACAUGAGAAGAGAGGGAGAAACUAUUUGAAAAAAAGAAACAGAAAGCAGUAGAGGAUUGUUUCUUCUUGAACUCGGCUUCAAGAUAAUUACUUUUCAUCGUAGAGAUCAGUGGAGAAAGAUGGGAAGAUACUCAACGAAGAGGAUGUUUCUUCAGCUUCUUACUCUUAUCAUGUUGCUUCCUCUCUUGAUCUCUUCUUCGUCUGGUGAACCAGUUAACUCUAACAAGAACGGAGUAUGUAUUUCUAAAGAAGGACCCUUUUCAUCAUCCGCAUCAGAAGGCAAGCUUGCUGAUCUUGAGUUUGAGGAUCUAAACGUGUGUAAAGUGUUCCAUGAGAAGACUUGUUGCUCUGCUUCACGGAUGCUCUCGGCCUCAAAAGCUGUAGAAACCCUGGCGACUUAUGGAGAAGCUCCCAAAGAUUGCUUGGAUUUGUUUGAGCUUCUGGAAUGUUCAAUCUGCCAGUCAGGAACUCUUCCCAUUUGUGCCUCCUUCUGUGACAGAGUCUUUGAAGCUUGCUCUGAUGCUUACUUCAGUAGUGAUGCCACUAAUCAGGUUAAGACCCAGUGUUUGUAAACUCAGAGGCACGAAAGCUCUUUGAAAAUUCAAAAUUUUGAGAGAGGUCUUGUUUCUUGUUAUGUGUCAGGUUAUAGUACCGUGUGGAGCAAGCGAAAGCAUCAUCUGCGGGAAAGCUACUAAAUGGGAGACUAAUGGCACAGCGUUCUGCUAUGCAUUGGGUUUCACUGUUCAAUCAGCUGUUGAAGAGCCUUGUUACGGAAGCAAAUCAAGUCUAGAGCCGCCAUUGGUGGGGGAAGAAGAACCACUCAUCAAAACUGCGUGGUUUCAACCUCUUCAGAUCUAUUGGUUAGUAAUAGUCAUUGUGC